CUUUGUGUCACAAGCAUGCCCUCAACUCAAGCCUUCUGCACUGUUUAAUACUUUGACAAGAUGCGGUCACUAUAUGAAUACAGUCAUACAUUUGAGUUAUCAACUACAGCAGAUACAGGCAGCAAUAAAUGGUGUUAUACCACAGGAAAAUGGUAUAUUACAGAGUGAAUUCAGCAGUGAUUCCUUGCCAAAUCCAAUAUUUAGUACUGCUGCCCAAACAGCCACCACGGCCGCCUCUACUUCCCCUCCCUCAUCCUCCACUUCAGCUUUUCGUCCUGUGGUUCCCUCACGGCAGAUUGUUGAACGACUGUCACGAAUGCUGAAUUUUAAAGUUGAAUACAGAGACAAAACGGCGGAUGUAGUUCUAGAAGACAGCUGCACUGUAGGAGACAUCAAAAAGAUCCUAGAAAAUGAACUUCAAAUCCCUGCAUCUAAAAUGCUUUUAAAGGGAUGGAAAUCUGGUGAUGUGGAAGACAGUACUGUUUUGAGAAAUCUUCACUUGCCAAAAAAUAAUAACCUUUAUGUCCUCACCCCCGAGUUACAACCUCCUUCUCUUUCAAGCCAGUCUAGUGCCCUGCAGGAGUCAUUAAAUAAGAACUAUAAGCUGAUCAUCACACACCGUGAAGUCCAGAGGGAGUACAGCUUGAACUUCGCUGGGAGCUGUACUAUACAGGAGGUAAAAAGAAAUGUAUAUGACCUAACAAGCAUACCAGUACGUCACCAGCUGUGGGAAGGCUGGCCCCAAUCUGCACAAGAUGAUACUAUGAUGCUGGCAUCUUCAGGAAUUGACUAUACAUGUCAGCGCCUCACAGUGUCAAGAAGAACAUCUCCAGUCCAAACCAGAGAACAUUCAGAAGAGCAAUGCACGGAUAUCCAUAUGAUCAGUGACAGUGAUGGAGAUGACUUUGAGGAUGCAACUGAGUUUGGCGUGGAUGAUGGAGAGAUUUUCAGCAUGCCCUCAUCUUCGGCACUUUCAAAGUCACCAAUGAUGCCUGAAAAUGCUGAAAAUGAAGCUGAUGCAUUGCUGCAGUUUACAGCAGAGUUCUCCUCCAGAUAUGGUGACUGCCAUCCUGUGUUUUUCAUUGGGUCGCUAGAAGCUUCAUUCCAGGAGGCCUUUUAUGGGAAAGCAAGAGAUCGGAAGCUCCUUGCUAUCUACCUCCACCAUGAUGAGAGUGUCCUCGCCAACGUCUUUUGUUCCCAGAUGCUCUGUGCAGAAUCUAUUGUCUCAUACCUGAGUCAGAACUUCAUCACUUGGGCCUGGGACAUGACAAAAGAAGCUAAUAGAGCCAGAUUUCUGACACUCUGCACCCGACAUUUUGGAAGUGUGGUAGCACAGACUGUCCGUACACAGCAAACAGAUCAGUUUCCACUUUUCCUCAUUAUCAUGGGCAAACGAUCAUCUAACGAAGUACUGAAUGUCAUUCAAGGGAAUACAUCCGUGGAUGAACUAAUGAUGAGACUGAUCUCGGCAAUGGAAAUAUUCACUGCGCAACAGCAGGAAGACAUAAAGGAUGAAGAUGAACGGGAGGCACGAGAAAAUGUAAAGCGAGAGCAGGAUGAAGCUUAUCGUGUGUCUUUAGAAGCCGACAGAGCAAAAAGAGAAGCUCAGGAAAGAGAAAUUGCUGAACAAUACCGUUUGGAACAAAUCCGAAAAGAACAGGAGGAAGAGAGAGAGGCAAUUCGGCUUUCUUUGGAACAGUCUCUGCCUCCAGAACCCCUUGAAGAAAGUGAACCCUUAAGCAAGCUCCGCAUCAGAACCCCAAGCGGGGAGUUCCUCGAGAGGCGCUUCCUGGGAUCUAGCCCUCUGCAAGUUGUUCUUGACUUUGUAGCAUCCAAAGGGUAUCCCUGCCAUGAGUUCAAGCUGAUCAGCACAUUUCCUAGGAGAGAUAUAACACAAUUGGAUACGAACAGAUCCCUCCUAGAUCUUAAGCUGUAUCCUCAGGAAACACUAUUUCUGGAAGCCAAGGAAUAAGUGGCCGCAGAGAAGACUAUGAGAGCAUCAUUUGAGGCUAUGAUUUUACUGACACCACCCCUCUCGCCAUGUGCACCUGUACCACCUGAAAGAAAGAGACCCCACAGUGCCCAUUACGUGGGUUAUCAGCCUGAACAGGAGAUCAUCCCAAUAAGAACGUUGAAUUUCACAUUACCAGUCAUCCAGCUUCUGCUCAAAUAAAUUUACUCUUACACCAAAGGGCAUCUUGUGUUUGUAGCUGGGGACAUUUCCCAUACUGCCCUGUAUAAUGAUGUGGAGUAUCACAUUGUCUCAUAGCUUACAGACAGAAAAAAUAGACAGCUUAACGCAUGUUUCACGUGUGACAUUGCAGGCUGGUAUCCCUCACAGCAGAAAGUUACAGUGGGGGAUUGCAAUGCUUUCAGCAAUAUGGGGCUUUCCUUCAUUGUAAGUGUCUGAUAACUUAAAUGAGAGAGAGAGGCCAUUGUGUAGUCUUGCUAUAAACAGAACACAAUAUAAAUUCCCUGUUCAUCAGGGCAGUCUUAUCCCACUAUUGCUUGUCCAGGCAAUAGCAAUAUAUUUUGCGCAAUGGUAAAAUCUAACAAAUUACCCUCUUACGAACAGACAGUUGGACAAACUUUGCCACCAUUACCAAAUGGGGCCUUAGGAUUCCCAUGAUACUCUGCAUCAGUAUAACUUGGCAGUUUCUUCUAGAGAUUAAUUGAACGCCUGGGAUGCCAAAGUAGCCAUCUCCAGGGCUGGUGGCAAGGCAGGAAGGCUGUAAAUCAGGGAUGUCCAAAUGUCAACCCUCCAGUUCUUGAUGAACCUUUCAGCACCCACUGUCAGCUUCCAGCUGUUAGCGAUCACUGAAUGUUGUAUUUGAGGGCCACGCAUUGGACAUCACUGACACCUACUGAAAAUCUCAGUUGCUACAAAAUGUCAAUUAUGCUUUCUAAAACUUGUUCCUCAUGGAGACCCAUUGGUACUGUGGCCCAGAGCAAAUGCUCUCUUAUCUGUCCUACACUAAAACCAGCCCUGCCCAUCAUCUUACAUGUUGCUGCCAACUUACUGCAAAAUGUGUGGAAGUUCCCAGUGUACCAGCAUGUGUCCAGACAUGCGAUUUUGCCCUAAUUUCUGGAAACCUUCAGUUUUUAUAUAUGUAUUGUUUUUUUUUUACAGUGUUCUGUAUACUCCAAUAGACACAUAAUGUCUACACAAAAACACAACUAGUAAAUGAAGGCCAAGACCCCAGUCCACUUUCAACAUCAUAAAUAUUUUAAUGGCAGCAGUGUACAGUAUCUAGCAUUCUGCUUCCAAACUUGAGUGCAUAUCAACGAGGUCCCAAACAAUGAGCUAUUUAGCAUGGUUAUAUUAAGCUAUUUACAGUUCUGACUUACCUGGUCUUUGUAUAACUCCAUUGGUUUUAUCUGGUUGAGGCGUGCUCCAUCAGUGGUCUUUGUGCAUGUGAGUGUGCAUCAAGACAUGCACGCGUACAGACAGCAGUACUUCUUCAUUCUGAAGAACAAAUUCAUUUGACCUUAAUAGGGACGCUGUGUAAGUUGAUGUUUCAGAUGUAAAAGGAGCCUAUAAGUGGUUCCUGUGGAAACUUGUCAAUUUCAAAGCAUAAUCUUAUUUCCAAAUAAAGAAGUGCUGGUGUGUUUUGUACUGCA